CCGCGGAAACGUUGAACGAAGAGGAAGCGAGGCGAGUUUCGGGGUUUGGGGUCGGCCGACAGCCGAACCGUGCUUCAGUCGGCCGGCGAACUCGCGUGCCGAGCCUUCGUCCCGCUCGCGUUCCUCGUCGUCGUCGUCCGCGGAUCCCACUUCGCUCGUCACCUCGGAUCGGUCCAACCGACACCAUGCAACCCAGGCCCCCUCGACGCCGAGGAGCCACGUUCUCCCAUCCUCGCCGCGUACCGCGUUGAAGUUCACUCGCCUGUCUGCUCGCGUUUCUUGACUCGACCACGAUCCGGUUGGAAACCCAAUUGGAAAGUGGCGGUAGAACGAAGCGUCGCCGAGGAUGGCCGAGAGAGGAGCGGCAACAGAAUUAGUGGUUGUAUAGUUUAUACGUGGUAAUAUGAUUAUCCACGGGGAGACUGGAUCAGUGUACAGUGUACAUCGAGUGUGUAUGUGAUAGUGCGUAGAACUUAAGUAGAAGAAGAACCCUCGAAAUCGUUACAGCUGACUCGCCACGUUGAGGAAAGAAGAUCGAAGAUCCGCUUCUUCGAUUCGCGUUCGUUCGUGUUCGUCGUUCGAGAUCCCCUCCAUUUUCUUUCGUUAUUAAUUAAUUAUCGUGUGUUCGUUUGCGCACACCAAGCAUUUAUGCGCGAUUCAUUAAGUCCAUCAAGAGGAAGCGCGAGGAAGCGUGUGUUUCUUCAUUCAACGAGGAAAGUCGUUGCGUGUACGUAGGAUAUCCCUCUGUGUCGGCGACCGAGCAUCGUCGCAACAUGCACGCGCGAGGAGAAGAAAUAUCAUCCCGUGGAAGAGUCGGGUGAGGUUUACGAGGUGGGAUGGGUCGAUAGGGGAACUCGCGAUACCAUCUAUCGUUUAACCGGUGGUCCUUAUCGCGUUCGUCUCGGCGUUGAAUAUCGCGUUGGAGCGUGGCCGAACGUGGAGGAGAUCGAAAAGGGGGAGAGAGAGAGAGAGAGAAGGAAAGGAAAAGAAGGGGAAAUCGAAUCGACUGCUUGCGGUGCGGAAUUAAUCCAACGUUAACGAGAAGGAGAAGGAUGUAAGAAGAGUAUCCUAGAGAUCUGUGAAACGUGUUUGUCAGUGAGAGAGGAUACGCCGCCAGUAGCGUGUCUUUUAUUUUUCUCGGCUUCGUCCUUGGAGAGUGAAGUGUCGUGGAAACGGGAAAGAGGAAGAGAGAAAGAGAGGAUUACAAAGGAAGAAGGGACAACGCGUGUUAAUUAAAGAGCGGGAAAGACCGGAGGGAAACGAACAGAGCCAGCCUGACAGUUGCGGCGCGUAGAAGAGGACGAAGCCGCGUAAGGAGCUCUGGCUUCCGUGGACAGCUCUGGCAUUCUCUGUAAACUAUCAUCCCUCCCCCCCCAAAAAAAGACUAACACUGCUUCGCCCAAGCAACUAACAAGCAUCGAAAUGCGAUCGGUCUAGGAAAGCGAAGGAAACUAUCGUCCCUCCUCCCCCUGAACCACCAUCGAAGGGAAGAGAUCGUCGUCGAGGCGAGCGGCGGGUGGUCGCAUGGUGCUCGCUCGGGGGCGAAUCAUGCGAAUUCCUGAAAAUGCGCAGGACGAGCAGCAACGGUUUGAAGCUCGACCUGACGGAGAACACGCCAGGUAGCUCGUUGUCGAGGCUGCCCAACUUGGUCGAGCAUGCGGAGACCUGCCAAGCGCUGUCCACCGGAACCGGUGAGAAUUUAAGCAGCAAACUGCCGAACGUGGUCGAAGGCUCGAUGGACUAUGGUAGCGAGCGUAGAUCGUCCCGGUACCUCGAGUACCACCAAGACGCACCAACCACCACCCCGAAAUCGUCGUACCAGGACGGCCAGUCGGCCUCCUCCGGCCUGCCCCCCUACGAGCAGCAGACCUACCACUCCGACCAGUCGAGUAGGGGGUACGGCAGGGGGGGGUACGGCAGGGAGGAGCUCGACCGAUACGAGGAGAGACUUUAUCCCGAGGAUAGCCUGAGGUACGAUCGCAGGGGCGAUCAGAGGGCGGCGUACCAGGAGUCGGACUUGGACGCGGCUUACGAGAGGGGCGAUGCCCAGAAGCUGAGCAGAACUUACCCCGGGGCUGAGGAGGCGGGGGGUGGCGGCAGGCGGUACUCGAGAGACUUGACCGAUUACGAGUACGCGUCCAGAUACGCGGAGGAGACGUUGAAGCUCGAGGCGAAGAAGGAUCAUCACCACCACCAUCACCACCACCAUCAUCACCACUCGGGCAAGGCGUACGCGGACCCGACCCCGUCCAAGGGCUACGAGUCGGGGGUGAAGACGCACGACUCCGCUUACGAGUUGUCGUGCGCCUCGCAGCAGGAUUUGCCGGGGAGGAAGUACGAGGGCAAGUACCACUCGGUGAGCAAAAUGUACGGGACGUUGCCGAGGUACGAGACCGGCAAGGCGUACGAGGGUGGGGCGAGAUCGUACGAGUACGAGGAGGAGCAGGCGUACGACAAACAAGGGACGACGCCCUACGACUCCAAGUACGAGUUGACCAGCUCCAAGAGCUACGAGAGGGGCAAGUACGAGGGCUCCUCGUCCUCGAGGACUUACCAGGACAAAUCGUACGACCAGACGUUGAAGAUCGGCGAGCUGGGGACCACCUCCUCGGCCGGUGGUUACGGGAGGAAGGGGGCGCAUGAUCAGGAGGAGACCGCCGCGGAGAAGAUGAACGGUUACAGGAAGAACAAUUUCGAGGCGUACGGCGUUUAUUCGGAUCCCGAGGACGAUCACGGGUUCCUGGCCGAGAAAAAGACUCCCCAGUAUCCGUACAAGGGCGUAGUGGUGAACGUCAGCGGGGAAUCGAGCGUGAUCGAUCAGAAACGGGCGAAAGACGGAAGGCAGACCGACGUCGUGGCCAAUUCUUGGUGCAGGUUUACCAUAGUGCUGCUCUUGUUGGUACUCCUUAUCGUUAUCUUCGUAUUCGUCGCUGGAAUCGUCCUCUACCUGAACUAUAUGUCCUAUAAACCGCAGCGGCCCACUAUCGAGGGUAAGGAUCUAAAUUUCGCCAGUAAUAACGCCGAACCUUGCGAGAAAACGUACUGUUCUUGGGGGGCGACGUGCGUCGUGUCGGAGAACGGAAAACCUUUGUGCCAGUGUCCCACGGAUUGUCCUUCGACUUCCGAGCCUGUCUGCGGCUCCGACAACGUGACCUACACCAACUAUUGCCAUCUACGGAAGAGCAGCUGCCUCGAGAGAAAAAGCACGCGGGUGAAGAAUCAGGGCGCUUGUGAGAUCAAGGAUCCGUGCACGAAACUGAAUUGUAGCCAGGGCUCGCAAUGCGUGCGAAGCAGGGACGGAAGCGAGGCAUCCUGCGAGUGCCUGGAAUCCUGUCCGAGUUUAGGGGAUCACGAAGGAUCGAGCCCCGUUUGCGGCACAGAUGGGGCCGACUAUCCGUCUCUCUGCGAGAUGAACAGGGCCGCCUGCGCCAAGGGUGCCAAUAUCACCAUGGCGUUCCAGGGGAAAUGCGAUCCUUGCGGCAACGUGGAGUGCGUGGAGCCGGAAAUCUGUCAGCUGGACGAGUCAAGGCAACCUGGCUGUCGUUGCGGCGAGCAGUGCGGCCUCGAGUUCGCACCGGUUUGCGGAAGCGAUGGUAAAACAUACUCGAACGAAUGCAGCCUCAGGCAGGAAGCCUGCAGAUCCAGAUUAUCCCUGAGGAAAGUCUACAAUGGCGCGUGCAGCUCAGGAAUCAAUCCGUGCGACGAGGCCAAGUGCGGCCCCUACGAGCAGUGCGUGAUCAACCGACAGGGGAUCGCGAGCUGCGAGUGCGGAGCGGAAUGCGAGCCGGUGAUGAGGCCUGUAUGCGCGAGAGGUGGCAAGACUUACACCUCGUUGUGCGAGCUGAAGAGGCAGGCCUGUUUGACGAGGACCAACAUCGAGGUCGCGUACACGGGUACAUGCGGCUCAAGGGGUCCCUGCUCCGAGAAGAUCUGCCAGUGGGGCGCGAUUUGCGCGGAAAUCGGUGGGACGGCGAUUUGCGAGUGUCCGACCUGUCCGGCGGAAUUUCAGCCGGUUUGCGGAGACGAUGGAAUCAGCUACGGAAACGAGUGUCAACUUCGCCUGGAGGGUUGCAAACAUCGACGAGAGAUACGUGUGCUUUACCAGGGAUUGUGCAACGAGUGCGAGAAUAAGAAGUGCGAGUUUUACGCCGAGUGCAAGACCGACAAUGGUGGGGAAGCCAAGUGCGUUUGCCCGAGCAAAUGCGAGAUUUCGACGAAAGACACCGCUCCACCCGCGGAGAAGAUCUGUGGAUCCGACGGGGUAACCUACGCCAACGAAUGCGCGAUGAAAGUGGCCUCUUGCACUUCUCAAGCGUUGAUCACCGUCAACUACGUGGGCGACUGCGAGCUUUGCGCGAGGGUUGAGUGCGAUCACGGGGCUCACUGCAUGGCCGGCGUGUGCGUGUGCCCCGACGAGUGUCCCGAGAGCAGCGGGGAGCCAGUGUGCGGCAGCGAUGCCAAAACGUACCCGUCGGAGUGCGAGUUGCAGAGGGCGGCCUGCGGGAGGGAUCCCAAAUUGCCAGUCUUGCACGUGAUAUUCUACGGCGACUGCGGCGAACGAUUCGCCGUCGCGGCGCUCACCACGAUGUCGACGCCUGCGGUCGUUCGAUUGGCCACCACCGCGGUCGACGUGACCAGCACCCAGGUACGCGAAGCUUGCAAGAACAUUAACUGCGACUUCGAGGCGACCUGCGAGCUCGGCCCGGACGAUUAUCCAAGGUGCAGCUGCAAGUUCGAUUGCGCCUCGAUAUCCCAGGAAAAUAUGCGCCCUGUUUGCGGCAGCGAUCUCAGGACCUAUUCGUCCCUCUGCGCCAUGAAAAUGGAAGCUUGCCAGAGGCAACAAGAGCUAAGACCCAGACCCUUAGAUCUUUGCCAAGGUAUGGAAGUGAAACCUUGCAAUGGCGAUCCCCCAUUGGUCGACGCGGAUGGAAAGGAGUACGAUUGCGGUAACGGUCCAGAGCGACGAGACUGCCCCAGCAACAGUUACUGCCAUCAGACGACGCGAUUGGCACGAUGCUGUAGAAAAGCCCAAGGAACCCAAGUCGUCAAGUGCUCGGAUUCCUGGCAUGGCUGCUGUCCGGAUGGCAAGACAGCAGCGCGAGGACCCAAUGGUGCAGGUUGCCCGAGUUUGUGCAAUUGCAACAGGUUAGGCAGUGUUUCUGACACCUGCAAUCCAGAGACCGGACAGUGCGAGUGCAAACCGGGCGUAGGCGGCCUGAAAUGCGAUAGAUGCAUGCCCGGUUACUGGGGUUUGCCUAAAAUCAGCGAGGGCCAUCAAGGAUGCAUACCAUGCGGCUGCUCUCUUUUCGGCUCCGUCAGAGAGGAUUGCGAGCAAAUGACUGGCCGUUGCGUCUGCAAACCGGACAUCCAGGGUCAAAAAUGUACCAUUUGUACCGAUCACAACAAGAUAUUAACGCUUACCGGUUGCUACUCAGCCGACACGAUACCGCCGAUACCGGCGUCUUGCAACGAGCUGGAAUGCUAUUCUGGCGGCCAAUGUUCGGAGAUCGGUGGCCCGCACUGCGUUUGUCCGUCGUCUUGUCCAUCGGACAUACCGUCCGUGCCGGUUUGCGGUAGUGACGGACAGACAUACGACAACGAGUGCGAGCUCAGGCUGUACGCUUGUCGCCACCAGGCGGACGUGGUCACGCAGGCCUUUGGCCACUGCAGAGACGAUCCAAUGGUGAACACGGACUUCCCCGUUAAAAGGUACACGGCGGUGCAGUACACCCAACCGGCGGCCGCCAUUUCACCUUUAUCGAAAUCUACCAGGCAUCUGUUGGUGCCGGAACCGGAUCCGCGCUAUUUUUACACUCACAGGGCGCAUCAAGAAACCAUCACGAUCGACAGGGAUAAUUUAAAGCACGGAGUGGCAGCCGCGUACAGACCCACCCCGGCAACGAUCCGCGUGGUCACCGCUUUGCUAGGAGACCUGUGUACCGACGACAAGGAUUGCACUAUUCCCAACAGCGAAUGCUCGAACGGGGGCUGCAUUUGCUCCGAGGGAUACGCGGAGACCAGCGACAGACAGGAAUGUUUCGCUAAUUACGUGCCCGUUACACCGACCGAGGAAUUCCGUGCCUGCCUGUCGUAUCCGUGUCACGCGACAUCGACCUGCAUCGAUCUGCCGAGCGCGACGUUCGUUUGCAUCUGUCGUCCAAAUUACACCGGCCGAUUCUGCGAGGAGAUGAACAAAAGGGAUUACGAGGUGGCGUCGUUCGACGGUAAGAGCUACGUCAGGAUGAACAGAUUGAAGGCUUACCACAAGUUCAGCGUCGAGGUCGAGUUCAAGACGUAUGCCGACAACGGGAUUAUACUUUACAACCAGCAGAAGAGCGACGGCACGGGGGAUUUCGUCUCGUUAGCUAUCGUCGACGGACACGUGCAGUUCAGAUACAAUUUGGGGAACGGCCCCGUGAUUCUGACUUCCCCCGAAAGGGUGACGAUGAAGACGUUCCACAGCGUGGCGGCGAAACGGUACCACAAGGACGGUGUUUUGAUCUUCAACGACGGGGAGGACGUGGUCGGGCAGAGUCAAGGAAUGUUAAAAUCGUUGGAUCUGAAUCAAGACACGUUCGUUGGGAACAUGCCCACCAAUUACUCCAAGGUUUACGAGAAUAUCGGCACCAACCACGGUUUCCUCGGUUGCAUACGGAAAUUGAAGAUCAAUCGAAUCCACGUGGAUCUCCACGUGGGCCGCGACAAAGAGAUCUUGGAGACGUAUCGCGUGAAGGAGUGCGGGGAGAACGCGUGCGCCAAUCUUCCUUGCCAGAACGGCGCCACUUGCCAGCCGAUUUUCGAGGAGGAUCUGUGCAACGGCCACGAGUGCAGGAGGAUCCAGAAACGGGGGAAGGGGAAGGGCAAGAACGGGAUGAACAUCGUGAGGUGCAAGGGGACUCAUUGCACCCUGGUCGAUCGCGAACGUAGAUCGAAGAAGAACGCGAGGAAACGUUGCGCCACGUCCAAGUGCGAUUACGACUACGACGUCGAUUACGAGAACGGUUACGAGCACGGAAAUUACGCGGUCGAGAAGUACGAGCCGCCCAAUUACAGAUGCAUCUGCCCCCCUCAGUUCACGGGUAGAAAUUGCGAGGAGUCGUUGGACCCUUGCAUAGGAGAGCCUUGCCAGCACGGGGCCACUUGCGACAUUCUCCCCCAGGGUGGCUACGUUUGCAAGUGCCCGCCCGGGAGGACCGGCGAACAUUGCGAAAUACUGGAUGCCGAGUUGACGGAACUAUUGAUACCCGAAAUGUCCGGGGAUGGUUUCCUCGAGCUACCGUGUUUGGAGGGCGUGGCGAAAGCGUUCUCUAUCGAAUUAUGGUUCCUCACGCACGCCAGCGACGGUUUGCUACUUUACAAUGGCCAGUUGAACAACGGGCGGGGUGAUUUCAUUAGUCUAAACUUGGUCCAAGCGAAACUCGAGUUCAGAUUCAAUCUUGGAAGUGGUAUCGCCAAUAUUACUUCCCCGGACCCGGUUACUCUCGACACGUGGCAUUGUGUUCGAAUCAGCAGGCUAGGAAGAGAGGGUGUUCUCCAAUUGGAUGAUGGAACGGUGGCGAGAGGUUUAUCGGGAAGUCCAUUAACGGAGCUGAACUUGGAAAUGCCUCUUUACGUCGGCGGUCUUAAACAUUGGCGAGAGAUUCAUCGAUUGGCUGGCGCAAGGACCGGUUUGGUAGGGGCGAUACAAAGAUUGAUGGUUAAUGGAAAAACUUAUCAGAAUCUAGCUGUCAAUGUUACUCAGCAUAACACGGAAAUCUACGACGGCCUACCGUGUCCCAGCAACGAAAAUCCUUGCCACAACGGUGGAGUGUGUCUACCUCUGUUGAACAGUUACCUGUGCAAGUGUGCUAGCGGUUACAAUGGCCUUCACUGCGAAUUUUUCAUGGGCUACGACGUGUCCACGGAAUUGUCGGAGAGGCCGGUCCGUUUCAAGGGCGACAAUUUCCUGCAAUUCAGACACCGAAACGGAAGAAGUGUAACUAACUCGACUAAUACUACCCUCGGCGAGUACUUUGAGGAGUCCUACUCCGACUACGACUUGGAGGAGGAUGUCGACUACGAUUACGAGAGUUACGAUUACACGGAGCGCAAGGGUCAACAGUCGAAUAAAUUUGAGCUGAGACUGAGAACCACGCACCCGGAUGGUCUGAUUGCCUGGAUCGGAAGAGGGAAAGUGGAGCAUCUGAUCUUGUCGUUGCACGGGGGCCAAGUGCUUCUCACGUACAAAAGCAAAAACGAACAGAUAUCGUUGAGAAGCAGGGAACGGGUGGACGAUGGCGUGUUCCAUCAAAUCAGAGCGUCGAGAAGGCGAAGAACGUCGAUGAUACAGGUGGACGACUCCGCUCCUGUCAAGGUGUCCACAGAGAUAACCUUGCUAACGACGAACGGCAAGCUUUUCGUGGGCGGGAAGCCGGGCCAUCGCGGCAUCAAGGGCUGCGUGUCGGACUUCGUCGUGGACAAACGUCGUCUUCAACUUGGCAGGCGGAAGAUCGAGUACUGUCACGACAACGAUGUAUGAUAACGAAUCCCGGAAACGACGAUUGUCAACGUGACGUCGCCUCUGGCCACGCUUGUCGAGUGGACGACCCUCUUGUCCUCGACGAGUUAACACCUAAAAAACACGAGACAAAGACGGAGUGAGCGUUGGUGGUGUUCGUUUCUGGGUAAACGAGAGGGACGAGGAUUGAACGAUGAAGUGCAAGGAAGGAAGGAAGGAAGGAAGGAAGGAAGUGAAUUUCCUUCGAGGAAAAGGCCGAUCUUACCUAUCCACGUGGAUCCAAUAACGUAGCGAGUUAAUAAUAAUUAUUUAUUUUUCGUUUCGUUAUAGUUGUAGAAACAGGAGAUUAUCCCGAGUUUCGACGUUAGUCGAUGAAGCUAGACAAGAAUUAGGAGGAACGACCAGAGAAGAAACGAAAGAAUAUAAAGAGGAGUAUCGUAAAGAAGAAAAAAAAAAGAGGUUCUCAUCUAAGGACAAUAAUAUAUUUUUAAGGUGACGAGAUUAAAAAUAUACAUAUGGAUAUAUAUAUAUAUAUACAUACACAUAUAUAUAUGUGUGUGUAUAAAAUUAUAUAUGUGUAUGUACAUGUGUAUGUAUAAAAUUUAACGCGUAUACGUAUAUAAACGGGGUGGGGAAGAGAAGAAUGCUUGUUGAACUCGGUUGACUCGGGCGAUGGAAGAAGAACAGUGAGGUAAAGGGAUCGAUAGAUUUUCGGGCGUGAAAGGGAUGAAAGUUGUUCGUUUAGACGUUUUAUUCUGUAAGUUGAAAUAUAUCGGAGCACCUAUAAAUGUUUUACGAUGCCAAGACUGAUAAAUGAAAAAAAUUAAAAGAAGAAAAAGAAGAAAACGAGGACUAAAUAGCGGGAGUUAAAGGAGAAAAAAAAAUAUAGUUAAAAGAGAACAAAAAAAAGACAAAGAAAAAAAAAGAAAAAACAAAGCGAUAAAUUGGUGUUAUGUUUGAGUGUUUCGGUAGAGAGAUUUAAAUGAUCGUGCAUUAUCAGAAUAUAGAAGAAUGUAUUUUAAAGGAUUUGUUGAUUUACGCCAGUGUAGAGAAAAAAACGAGGAAAAUAAAUAAGAAAAAAAAAAAGAAAAAAAACAAAUGAAAAACGAAGAAAAAGAAGAAGAUGAACGAAUAUAAUAUAUAUAUAUAUAUUCACAUGUACACACACUUGCGUACACGGAAACACACGUAACACGCAUUAAAUUAUACGAACGCCGUACAACGUUGUUUCUAGGCAGGCAAGGCUUUUUACAAAUGCGCAAAAGAAUAGAUAUAUAUAUAUAUUAUUAUGAUUAUUAUAUAUAUAUAUAUAUAUAUAUAAUACUAUUGCAAAUUACAUUCCAUUUAAUGGACACCAAUGCGACGAAAAUUUUAGAUAGAUACCACGGAAUGAAUAUGCGGAUCAUGAUCAAUGUCUGGUUAAAUCCUGGAUAUUGAAGAAUGAAUCGAGCUCAAGACACUCCAUUUCCGUUCGACAAUCAUCGACACACACGCACGAGAAAAUAGUUUCUCCCCCUUCCUCUCCCCGAGCAAGUUUCUAAAAUGCUUACAAACCGUGACCACGCGAUAAGUUUGUUCUCGAUGUUGCGCAGGGUCGACGAAAACCGUGCGGUAAAAUCGCGAUAAAAACGUAAUAAAUCGCCUAGGAUCGAUUAUCCGCGCAUCAUAUCAACGGUCGAAUCUUCGAGUCGAGCUCCUUCGUCCACGAUUCGAACGUGAACGAUCGACAGUUUACGUUAUCCUCGAAAUGAUUCCCCAACCGAUUCCAACGAUUGAUUAAAACCAUGGAAAACGAUUCCAACUCCUCGAUAAAACUGAAGGAUGAUAUACGUGCGAUAACGCGUGUGUGUGUGUGUGUGUGUGUGUGUGUAUGCGUGUGUGAUCGAAGAACGAUCAACGAGAAGGGGUGUCUGAAUGAAAGCGCGACGUAUGACUGGCCGAUGAUUACAGAUCGGUAUCUGUCACUACUUGUAAAUAUAAUUAAUAUACGCCGAUACGUACGAGUUGAUUAUACACGUUUCACUCUCGCGCGUAGCGGAAGAAGCGCUCGCGCGAGUAAAGUCGGACCUAAAUGAAAACAAAUCUAACGAGGGCGACCUAAAUAUUAAUAAUAGUAAAUAAUAGUCGUAACGAUUCAUCGAAUCAGCCUUUUACGAAGAAGAAUUUUCCUUCUUUCCCUUUCUCCCUCCCCCCCCCCUUUCUUUUCCUUCGUUUCUUUCUCGAAUUUCGUCGCUCGAAUGAAAACGAAAUCAUCGGUCUAUUUACCGUCUAUUAAUUUAACGUGUUCUUCCCCCUCCCCUUAAUUAACGAUCUCGACGCCGAACGACGUCGAACAGAGGAGCCUAAGUUCUUUUUUUUUCUUUUUUUUUUUUUUUGUUUGUUUAAUCGUUAAUGGCGACUGCCGAUCUGUCGCGGAAAGAGACGCUAUCGAAGAUUCUUUCGCUCGUCUCGUCGAACGUUUCCAGCCUUUGUUUAACCAUCGAAUCGAAUAAUCGAAAGUUUCAUUUCGUCAAUGGGGAAACGAUUAUCGAAAUUACGAGAACGUCGAGGAUGAGAUAUAUAUAUAUAUAUAUAUAUGUAUAUUCUAACUUUUAAGAUUCUUUUUUUCUUUCUCUUUCUUUCUCUCUCUCUUUCUCUUCUUCUUUUUUCGAAUGCACACGUUUUACGCGAGAUAUGUAAUUUUUAGAAUUUAAGCGCGAGAUAUAUAAAAUACAUAUCUUUGAGACGUGGAUAAGUUUAUACAUUUAUAAUAUUCGUCGCGUACCAAUCUCGACGUUGAUCGACGUGUAAAUAAUGAUAAUGAUAAUGAUAAUAACAACAACAACAACAAUAAUAAUAGUAAUAAUAAUAAUAAUAAUAAUAAUAAUAAUAAUAAUAAUAUUAAUAUUAAUAUUAAUAAUAAUCACUGUUUCUGUCUGGGAAUGUUCGACGUUAAAAUUAAUCGACGUACGGUACUAACGUUCUAAGAGCGUUCGAUCGACCAAAACUUUUUUGCUUAAUCAUUUAUCAAAGACUCGUUUUCGACACGGUUGCGUAACGAAUCGUUGGGUGAUUUUAAACAUAUCUAUUUUAUUGUGUUCGUUCGUUCAAUAAUAUAAAGACGCUUAUACAAUUUUUAUAAAACGGACCGCUUUUUCCGAAAUAAUAAUAAUCAUUGUGAACGUCUCUGAAAGCAAUCAUGCCAUUUUCAUAUAUGUCGAUCUAUUGCGCGGGAAAAAAGAAAAAUUCGAAAAUGAAAAGCGGUAUUCGUUCUCGGUAUAAUUAAGCCUUUGACUAUCGGGCAAAUUGUUCCUCGUUAACGAGAAUUGAAUUGAUCGCGAGCAAUAUCGUCACAUAUCCCCCUCCCCCUCCCCCGCUACCCCCUCCCUCACCUCUCUCGAAAAUGUGAUUCUUUGUAUUCUUCCAAUGAAUAUCGCUGUUUAACAUAUCGAAACGAAUUUGUGGCCAGUAACGUAAUAUCUCCUCCGAGAGAAUGGAAAAGAAAAAGAAAAAAAAGAAAGAAGAAGAAGAAGAAGAAGAAAUACGUUUCAUUGUAAAGGAUAGGUUCAGCUUGUAUUAUACGAUUUUUGCUCGUAUCGAGAAUGAAGAGAAAUCUAUUUCGAUCGUCGACGUUGCUUUCACGAAUAUACUGCGUUUUUAUAUAUACAUAUAUUUAAAAAAGAAGAAGAAGAAGAAGGAGAAGGAGAAGAAGAAGAAAAAAUUAGAUUUGAAACUUAUUAUUAUAAUUAUAUUUCUAUCGAAUGUAUUUCAAUUUGUAAGGGUUAAGAAAAAAAAAAAUUCGUAGGUUUCGUUUAUAUAUUACACGUAUAUGUAAGUUAAUUAUUAAAUUUUCGACUAUAUUAAGUUUUUUGCUACAUCGAAGAGGAAGGCGAAAAGAAGAGAUUCUAAAAUUUUAAAAUCUUAAUUUUAUAUUAAAUAUUCUCAUUGUCGAUCGCAAUUGUUAAACCAGUUUUCUUUGCGGUUAAUAUAAAUUGUCUACCUGGAACCCGAAUGUGUCCCGAAUAUUGAAAUUUAAAUAUGUUAUCGUAAAAAAAAAAAAAAAUAAAUAAAUAAAUAAAAAAAAAAGAACUGGGAUGUACAAUGUGUAAUCGACGAAACGGUACAAAAAUAAAGAUAUCAUACUUGAAUCGCUUUGAAAAAUCGUUAGUCGAAAUUUCACGACGCUUGUGUGUUUUUUAAACGAAAGGGAAUCGUUGCGCAAAGCAGAGUAGCGAGGAAAAAUUUCAAUCCAUAUGCCUGAGAAUUAACUGCCAACCUAUAUAAAUAGAGAUCACAGGAUCGAUGUUUUUCCCUCUAAAGCUUCCCUUUAUUCCCGAGAAAAUUAUUAUCAUUAUAAAAUCUUUACAAAGCGAAAGAUAUCCUCACGAGGAUCGAUAAGAGAGAAUAAAUUGAUUUCUAUCCCGAUUGUAAAUGCGUUCAAAACGUUCAGAGUCGUUUAUUUCUCACUGAGAACACCCAUCGCGACAGGGCGAUCGUCUUAAUUAGUUUUUUUUACUUUGAUACCGUCUUUACUGCGACCAUUCGCCGUUCGCUGACCUAAAGUAUUUGUGAGCUAUACUGUAUAACAAAGAGUACGCGUUGUAAAGUGACUGUAUAUACAAAUAUAAAUUAUGCGAUUA